AUGGCCGUGUCUGCAGACGCCAAGAAGGCGGGGGCCGAGGCGCUGCGGGGCGGGGGUGCCGACGUCACAGACGACGACGUCGCCGAGCUCGUCCUGAAGGUGAGGUCGACGCUGAGCGCAGGGCGAGCCCCCCGUUCCAAGCGGGACGAGGCACGGCGCCUGGAGGCGGCGCUGGACCCGGUGGCCGUCCGCCUGGCGUCGGGGAACCCCGAGGUGCCAGGCUCCGCGAUGGCCGAGGCCCUCUGGGGGUUCACAGAGGCCGCCACUUUCGCCACGCAGACGGAGGGUCGGAUCAGACGAGUGGCGGCCGACGCCGAUGGCUGGGAGACGAUCGCGGAUCGGAUCUGGGCCCGAGCGGUGGGGGCCGACGGGAACACGCUGCCCGUCGACUGGGUGCUGCACCUUGGCAUAGGUCUCUUCCUGUCGUGCCUGGCGGUGGUGCUGGGGGCCGACUCAGUGCGACACCGCCUGGCUGGCGGGGCUGUAGGGCUGGUCGGGACCGUCCUGCUGGCACGGCGGGUGCCCGAGCGGGUGGUCGCCUGGUGGACACGCUGUCGGCGGCGUUCGGCCUUCGCCGCGGCGCGGAGGCGCGGCGGGGACGGCCUGGACCGGACCGCCGCCGAGGCCGCGGAGGAACCUGCGGGCCCGCUGCACCCGCCGGGGCUUGCAGCACUGCCGCCUCCGCCGUGGGCCCCACCCGCCGAGGGCGCAGGCGCGGGUACCGCUGUGGGGAAGCCUGGCGCGCAGGACCUGUCGGCGCUGUGGGCGUUCGCCCAGGGGUGCGAGGUGCCGGGCCCCCCCAGCCAGACAGCGGCCAUGCAGCAGCAGCAGCAGCAGCAGCCACAGCCGACACCAGAGGUGGCCGUCCCAGCUUCGGGGCUCAGCUUCCACGUUCCCCACGCUCCUGCAGAUGCGGUGCAGCUAGGACGGGAGGUGGAGAUAGUGGGCGCCACGCUGCGCGAGUUCCAGGCGCAGGCGGCCAUCAACGAGGACUGGGCCUGGCACUUCUGGGAGAGGAUCGCGGAUGUGGAUGGCGCCAGGGGGCUGCACCCUGACCUACGACGAGUGCUGCAGACUCACGGCUACGUGGGCGCGGGGACGACGUCCCCGCCAGGAGAGUCGUUGCAGCAGGAGCUGGACGCGCUGGUCGCCUCCCCUACGGCGCCUCACGGCGGGGGCAUGCACGCCUCCCCUGGGUGGGCCGUGGCCCCGCAGGCCCAGCAGCAUCAGGAGGACAGUCGAUGGAACCUGAGCCUCCCGCCGGAGCUGCGGCGCGCAGCGCCGGAGAUCUACCGCACCAUACGGGGCGCGGGGGCGGCCAGCGCGCGGGACUGGCUGUCGCAGGAGGUGACGGGCCAGCGAGACACGGCGGCCUGGACCGACCUGUGGACUGCCGCCACCAACGUGGACCACUUGCUGGGCGGUUGCGCGAACCAGUCCGAGCUGCUCACACGGUUGGCGUCCGACGAUGCGCUGGAGCUGCACCUGAGGCGGCUGGCGAGCUACGUCUACGAGAUGCGGACGAAGGACAAGGUUGGGGGGGCGGCCAUGGUGGCUGUCCGCCCGCCCGGGUCAGCCGCCGACUUGGCUCCGACAUGGCUGGUGACCGAGGCCACGACCCACAGCCAGGCGGAGCACCCGCGCGACGAGAGGGUCCACGCCGCCAUCAAGCACGAGGGUCGAGGCGGCGGCCGUGGCGGGGGCCAAGGAGGUGUAGCGGGGGGCGGCAGCGAGGUAGCCAGCGGCGGCCGAGGUGCCCCGCCGCCGCGGGUGCAGCCUAGAAUGCCAGUGACGGGUUUGUCAGGCUCGCUGACGCGGGCCUUGCAGUGGAAGGAGGCCGAGGCCAGACCAACGGGCCAGCGCGAGGCGAGCGACAACGAGAUGAUGCUGGCCUGGCAGCUCGUGCAGCAGUAUGCGUUACAGGACGCAGCGCGGUACGAGCGCGACUGCCGGGGGCUUGCCCCGACAGGCGGUCAAGGGACGGAUCUUGCCUGCGACAGAGGACCGCAGGACGCCUACACUGGAGAGCGCAAGGGUGUGAGCAAGCACGUGAUGAUGUGCGCAGCGGCGGUGGCAGAACCUCCGGACGACAUGGUCGUUGACCUGCUGGAGGCGCUGCCCGACGGCGAGCGCCAGUACUAUUCGGACGAGCAGAACGUCCUGGACUACAGCGGCAAGGCGCUGCUGGGCGUAGGCGCACGCUUGGGGGCGCUCGCGGGCGCCGCGGCUCCCGCCGACGGCGCGGCCUGCGGUGCGCCACGCACCUCGCCGCCCGAGGACGGGGGGCUGGAGGCUGGCAGCCGCGGGGAUGCCGAGCCUGAGGACGCUCAGCAGCACCGCUACGACGACGACUGGCUGGGGCAGCAGUGCAGCUGCCGGGCUGCGCCGCCUAGCCCGAGGGGCUACAGCGUGGCGGAGUGGCUGGAGACAGUGAGGCGGGCGAAGAGAGAUGACGAGCGUGUGAUGGUGGUGAUGCAUCUCUUCGCUGGCCGUCGGCGGCGUGGUGACGUGCAGGAGGUGGUAGAGAGGCUGGCGAAGGAGCGGAGCUUGAGGGUGCUCUUCCUUUCCGCCGAUCUCCUGGACGACCCGCGGUGGGACCUGGCCAACCCCUCCACGUUCUCCUCCUUGAUGGAGCUGUGCGAGGGCGGCUGGGUGGAUAUCGUACUGGGCGGUCCGCCUUGUUCAACCUGGUUGCGGGCACGCUACAAUCGUCGCCGACCUGGUCCGCCGCCGGUGCGCUCGCGGCGGUGCCCCUGGGGGCUGCCAGGCCUCAGGGACUGGGAGGCCGCCAGAGUCGCGGAGAGUAACACCUUGACGCUGAACUUGUUGGCGCUCUGCGAGGCGUGCGGCCAGAGUGGCGGCGCCUUCCUCAUCGAGCACCCGGAGGACCCAGGGCAUGCGCCCUACCCAUCCAUCUGGAACACGACUGAGAUGCUGGAUUUCGAGACGAGGCGCUCGUCGCGGAGAGCGCGCUUGGACCAAUGCAUGUUGGGCGGACGGACGAAGAAGCCCACGUGCCUGAGCGGCACGCUGCAGGGGCUGGAGGACCUGAACGAGCUGCGGUGUGACGGGUCCCAUGCCCACGAGACGGCCGAGGGCAAGCUGGCCGACGGCACCUUCCGCACGAGCCCGCUGGCCCAGUACCCCGAGAAGAUGUGCGAAACGCUGGGCUCCUUGAUUGUUCAGACCCUGGCCAUCUUCGAGCAGACCGGCUUGGGCGGCACCGGGUGGCGAAGGCCGCCGGAGGCCGACAGGUCGGUCACCGCCUGGAGCUCGCGGAGCACUACGACGCCAGCGGUAGCCGUGCGGAACGAGGAUGUGCUUCGCGGUCGGGGGUUGGUGCUGGAUGGGCCGCAGAUGGCCUUCUACCUACACGUCGACGACGGGGUGGUGAUGGCUGGUGGCAGCGGCUGUGGCCCACGGGCCUCUGGGAAGAUGCACCAGCUGGCGGAUGCCCUGGCCGAGGCCGGCUUCGUGGUCACCGACCGCACGGAGGCCAGCGACAUGCAGAAGGUGCUGGGCUACGCACCACAGGCGCGUCCGGCGCAGCUACGCUUGCCCCCGAAGAGGGCACGAGAGCUGGUGCAGCAGCUGGAGGCGAUGGGCGCCACCCGCUCCCUCCACACCGAGGAGCUUCGGUCGCUCCUGGGGGUGUGGAUCUGGGGCGCACUACUUCGGAGGGAGCUGCUCUGCAUACCCAGCGCCGUCUUCAGGCUCCUGGAGAGGCACCCGCACCAGAGGGUGUGCACCUGGGCGACCGUCCGCAGGGAGCUGCGGGCUAUGGCUCGAGUAGUCCCACUGAUGUACGCCGACCUGGGAGCCCCGCCAGCCCCCGUGUAUUUCGCGGCGGACGCCAUGGGCGCCAACGUGGAGGACGACGGCGGUUGGGGCAUCCUGGUGACAGACAUGAGCGAGGACAUCGCGAAGGACUUCAUCGACACGGGCGGCAACUUGGGCUACACCGUGGCGAGACUGGACGGCGAGCUUACGGGAUUGCGGCGUCCCGAGCAGGUCAUCCGUCGGACGAAGCCCUUCAGCCUCCUCCCCGAUCGAGUGUUCAAGCCCGACGAGGACUGGACGAUCGUAGGAGCGGGGAGGUGGCGGGCGGCCGACCACAUCACGCUGGGCGAGGGGCGCUGCGUCGUGAAGAUCAGCAGACUGGCGGCCGCCACUCCUGCUUUACACCGCACCGUGCUGCCGAUCCUGGAGGACAACCAGCCAGUCUCGGGUGCGGUAUGCAAGGGGAGGUCCCCGGCGCACAUGUUGAGCCACCUGUUGCGUCAGAAGACCGCAGCAGGGAUGGCAUCUCGUACGAAGAUUCUGAUUCCAUGGGUGGAGACGCUCAGGCAGCCUGCUGAUAAGAUAUCGAGGAAGCUGAACAGCACUUCUGUUGAGAAGGUAAAGCCGCACACCCUGGCAGCCUACAGGGCGGCGGCUAUGAAGUUCGUGACCUACCUGGACGAGCACGGUGUUGUCCCCGACGGGCCCAAGCAGUGGGACGACCUGCUUGUCGAAUACAAGAACGACAUGCAGAUGACCAAGUGCAGUUUCGAGUACGCUGUCGUGGUAGUGGAGUUUGUCUUCCCACGCCUGAGGAGGAAGCUGACUUGGUCCCACUCGGUGACUAACGCAUGGCGAGUGUCGGCCGAGGUGAAGCACGCGCCGCCGCUCGGCCGCGCGCCGGCCAACCUGGCCGCUAUCUAUUUCUCCUGCUGGGGCGUGCCGCGGCUGGGCGUAGGCUUGCUACUGCAGGUGGACCGCAGCCUGCGCCCGUCGGAGAUGCUUCAGCUCAGAGCAAAAGACAUAUCCUUGCCAUCGUCGAGAGGGGGACAUGAUUUGCAGCCAAAUUGGGUUAUCCACUUGGGAGCCAAGUCGGGGACAAAGGCCAAGAGGAUGCAGUUCGCCAUUAUUCUGGAGCAGGGCGGAGUACUGGAGAACCUCUUGCACCGAGUAGUCUUGGGAACGCCGCCCGAGGGGCUCCUCUUUCCUUACUCGCUUGUCGACUACAGGCAUCGGCUCAAGCAGUUUGAAGCAGCCCUGGGCCUCGACAUUCACUGCACGCCACACUCGGACAUCAAGGAGGCAGGACGGGGGCUCACCGAGUCCAGCCUCCGCAUCUACGUGGACGUCGUCACCGCCUCCCGGGUCCUGGUGCAGGCUGAGCAGCGAGGUAUCGCACCGCUCAUCCGCGAGACGGCCGAGAAGCUGCCCUACUACUUCCCGGAGGGCAUCUUCGGCGAGGGGCCGGGGGAUGCAGCGGCGGGCGCGGGCGCGGCCGAGGCCGAGGCGCCAGCGCCGGCGGCCCCAGGCGUGGCGGCACUGAGGCCCCCGCAGCCGCUGGUGGCGCAGCCGCUAGCAGCGGGCGCGGCCGCGGGGCAAAGGCGCGCGCGCUGGAACAGCUGGUCGCUGUUGCGCGCGGCCUGGCUCAUCGCAAGGUGGUGCGGACGCUCGACUACUCGGGGAGUGACGUGGGCGGCGGUCGCCGCGAUGCUGAUCGGGUGGAGCUACAUGGCCGGGCCACUCGCCCACCUCGGGACCAUGAUGGGUGUCGUGGCCAGCGUAUCAGUCUCGGCUGGCAAAGUGGUCGACAGCAGCCUCGGGGCAGUCAUCACGGCAGCGCAGGGCGUGUCCGACUUCGCCGUGACGUCGUCCCGCAGCUCGGCGAGCCUCCUGCAGGAAGCCUGGCGCGGGGUCGACAUUACCAACCUGCACGUCCGCCAGCGCCACGCCGAGCGGCUAGCGGACGACCCCGAGAUCCUGCAAGCCUGGAUCGAGCGCGAGUUCCUGACAGGCGAGCCUCGCCCGCCAGGAGCCGAGCAGGUCACCACCGCGAUCUCUGAAGCUUCGGUGAACAUACCUCACAUGUCAGAGAGAUGGCAGAUGAUGAUCUGGCCAAGUCAAUACCGCGAGCUGCACAUGACACUUGACCUGCUGCCGUCCGGGUUCUACGGAGUCCACAUGGUCGAGCGGAUCGUAAACUUCAAGGUCCAGUGGAGCAACCCAGUCUGGAGCAGCCUCGACUGCGACAUCAGCUCAGAGAAAGAUACAGUCGUGGCGCACAUAAACUCCACCCUGGAGGGGCUCCCACUCCCCGAGAUACGCUACAUGUCCAUGACUGAUCGUGAAAUUCAAGUUGCCAGGCUCCCAGGUGCCUGGAUCAACAUUGCCCGUAG